GCAUAAUUGUCACCGACAAUACUUGGGAUCGUUGUAAUUACCCUAACCCUAAAUACUUGUAUUAAGGCACCUGUCACACAUUUUAUCAAGAAAAGACACCUGCAACACAAUGAACGUGAAGUGUAGGAAAAUAGUGUAGGACCACUCAACAAACAAACUGGAAAUACCACUCCAAAAAUAAAACAAAUAACCAUUUUAUAACUGCAAAAGAAAAAUAAAACAGAGAAGACACGAUGGCGACGAGACAUCCAGCUCCUCUUCGUUGUCGUCUCCAUGAAUCCAUCUCCCCGAACUGUCGUUCUAUCCUUGUUUUAACCCUCUGCUCAUUCUCUCACCUUCCAUCCUUCUCCGUCCACACUUUCUCUCACCUUCUAACCUUCUCCCCUCUACUCUUUCUCCCACCUUCAUCCAUCCCCCCUCUCUCUCUCUCUCCUUCCACGAUGGGUUGCGGGGUUUCCAUGUUCGGCAUGGAAGUAAAUCCCGUUCUUCCCGGGCUGCUCCGCUGUCGGCCAGUUGAUGAGAUAAGAGAGCGACAGGACCAGCACACGAUAAAGGACGGCUCCCUCUCCAUCAAUCUUCUUGAAGAAAGAGCGGAGGAUGACGACCAGUGUCCUUCCAGGGAAUCUUUCUGUUUCUGCAGCUGGGAAAGCAUUUCGGUGUCUCCUACGGCGGCGAAAGGCGUAUUGUCGUCACCCAAGGUGCACCCAAAUUCAACGCGGAAUAGCAACGCUACAGACAAAGAUGAAUUAGACUCAGGCUUAGCCCAUGAGCUGCAUUCGAUGACAGCGGAGUGCGACGAUGUUGUCAAGAGGGUUCCGGCCAUCAAAGAGAAAGUGGAAGAAGAGAAAGAAGAGGUGGAGAGUGCUAACCGGCAAAAUGUAAAAGAAAACGAAGACGAAGAGUUUAAAGAAGCAAAGGAAGAAGAAGAAGAAGAAGAAGAAGAAGAAGAAGAGGGGGAGGAAAGAGUCUCUUGGGAUUGGGAUGGUGGUGAUUGCAGCGACAUUGCCCCAGGGGCACGGUCACCCAGUUUCAGAGAUUUUGUUUUAUUUGGCAGGAACUCGCACGCCUCGGACGACGGUGGUGAUGAGUUGAGCCAUACAAAUAAGCAAGAUGACGGCAAGAGCAGUAGUGAGACGAAGAAAAAAAUAGGAGAUAUAUGGAAGAGGAAGAAGAGCAUUUCAUCUUGCGGUUCAGAUGAGGAAUCAAUGGCGGGGGGGCAAUUGCAAUUAGUGAAGAAACAAAACUGGGCUGCAGUUUUGCAGGAAUUAAUGAUGAGCAGCGAAAUAGUGAAGAAAGAAAUCAGCAAAAUGAGGAGAUUCUUACCAAAGGGGAAUCCGGUAGCCAUGAAAAAACUUCUGAAAGUUAAGUCAUUAUGUUACAAUCCCUCCAGAUCAGGUUCUCUCAGAAGAAACAGUUUAGAUGAAUCAUCAUCGCCCUCACCUUCAUCGUCUUAG